AUCACAUUUUUAAAGUUUUAAAAAUGUUUAAAAAAAAAGGACAGCAAAAUAGAUUUUCUGAUAAAUUAUUAAAAAAAAAUGUCAAUGUUGAAAUAUUCUUUAGAAUGUUGUUUAAUAAUACUAAAAAUAUUGUAACGUCUUUUUAAAUAAUAAUACGAAUUAUGAAUUAUAUUUAUUAAUUAUAUUUAUGCAUUUAAUUGCAAAUUAUUGAUCAAACUUGAUCGAAAAAAUGAUGUCCGGCAUAGAAACGGAUAAACACAUAGGCAAUUCUCAUUUUUCUAUUACUUAUGGCAGAAUAGCGACACUUGGAAUGGAGAAGACUAAGACUGCGUUUUGUACAGAUAUAGAUAAAUCUGUGAUAGUGCAUAAUUUUGAAAAAAGAGGUUGGUCACAGGUUGGUCCCCAAGAUGAUUGGAAUGUUUAUUGGGCAGCCAUACAAUCAUGUAGAAAUAUUUUUAGCGUAGAAACCGGAUAUAGAAUGAAUGAUAAUCAGAUUAUAAAUCACUUUCCGAAUCAUUAUGAAUUGACCCGAAAAGAUCUUUUAGUAAAAAAUAUUAAACGUUAUCGUAAAGAUUUAGAACGAGAAGGGAAUCCUCUUGCAGAAAGAAGAAGUGGAUCAGGAAAAUAUCUUCAUUUGGAUUUUAUACCUGUUACUUUUGUUUUACCAGCAGAUUACAAUAUGUUUGUGGAGGAAUAUCGAAAGUCACCACAAAGUACUUGGAUUAUGAAACCAUGUGGGAAAUCCCAAGGGACAGGAAUAUUUCUAAUAAAUAAAUUGAGUAAAUUAAAAAAAUGGUCACGGGAAGUUCGAAACCCAUUUAAUCCAAAUCUUACCAAGGAAUCUUACGUUAUAUCUAGAUACAUAGACAAUCCACUUUUAAUUGGAGGGAAAAAAUUUGAUCUCCGUUUAUACGUUCUUGUCGCAUCUUUUCGUCCAUUGAAAGCUUAUUUAUUUAAACUUGGUUUUUGUCGUUUCUGUACUGUAAAAUAUGACACCAGUAUUCAAGAAUUGGAUAACAUUUACGUACACUUAACUAAUGUUUCUGUACAAAAGCAUGGUGAUGAAUAUAAUAGUAUACACGGUGGAAAAUUAAGUUUACAAAAUCUACGUUUGUACUUGGAGAGUACGCGAGGGAAAAUUGUAACGGAAAAAUUAUUUUCAAAUAUCUCUUGGUGCAUUGUGCAUUCGUUAAAAGCUGUUGCACCUGUAAUGGCAAAUGAUCGUCAUUGUUUCGAAUGUUACGGCUACGAUAUUAUUAUUGAUAAUAAACUUAAACCAUGGCUCAUCGAGGUCAAUGCUUCUCCAUCACUAACAUCGACAACAGUAAACGAUCGAAUAUUAAAAUAUAAAUUAGUAGAUAAUAUUAUAUCUGUAGUUUUAUCACCAAGUGGAAUACCUGAUGUAAGAUGGAAUAAACGUCCACGUCCAGAAGCAUUAGAUAAUUUUGAACUACUUUUGGACGAAGAACUAUCAAUACAAGAGGAGAAAGUCAAUUCAAUAGAUAAAUAUCGAAAUUUAUCUGGCAAAUGGAAAUAAAUGAUAUAAUU